AUGUCGCCGCCAGUCCUGGAAACUAUCAGAAUUGAAUGCAUCUCCGAGAGAGCAGUUUUGCUGACCUACAACCAGCCGAAAAUCUCUAAUGCAUUCACUCUUCAACAAUACUACGACCUGGCAGAAGCGCUGGAAUGGGCUCGAGACGCUCCCAAAAUCAUUGUGAUCGUCCUCACCGGGGCUGGCAAGCACUACUGUGCAGGCAAAGUCCUCCAGUCACCUGAUGCAGGCGGACCAACCAUCGAUCAGGAGAUAGCAGCUGGCGGUGCAUUGGGCCAAGUCUUGCAGAAUUUUCCAAAGAUCCUGAUUGCAGCUGUCAAUGGAGCUGCUAUAGGUUGGGGAUGUACUCAGCUGUGGAAUUUCGAUCUUGUCUAUGCGAGUAGUGUGGCGUUCUUUCAGACGCCAUUCACCAAAUUGGGCUUUGUGCCUGAAGGUGGAUCAAGCUUUACAUUCGUCAAGACCAUGGGCCGGCAGAGAGCAAUGAGGAUGUUGCUUGCUAGUGAGAGGGUCAGUGCGAAUGGCAUGCAGAUCAAUGGAUUGGUUACUGAAGUCGUUGAUGAUAGCGGUGAUCGAGAGACAUUCGUGCGAAAGGUAUGUGAGAAAGCCGAGAUGAUUGCUGGGUACAAUGAGGAGAGUUUGAAGCUUGUGAAGGAACUAACGAGUCGGGAGGAGGAAGUGAGGGAGAUGAGGCUGGCUAGCGAAAGGGAAAGAGUAGCUUUGAGUCGAGUAUUGAGUGGCGAUGCUGCGAAGAAGAUGAUGGCUGAUUUUGCGACGAGGUCGAAAGGGAGCAAGCCAAGUAGCAAGCUCUGA